CUGCUCUGGAGGCUAGAGAGGAGAAGGCUAAUAGGGAAUCUCCUCAUGUUCACCCUUUGAUGGAGCUUAACUGAUGUUUUGAACUUCUCCAGAGCAUGUGAGAGCUGGAGACGGAGAAGGAGGAUUGCUGCGGGACGUGUGGGACUAGCAGUUGGAGAUCAUGUCUGGACCAGAUUCUGAUGAUGACAGAACCUUCAAAGACUUGAAUGUUGUGGGAAUGCUUCACCAGUUUUGGGAGCAGAAGCAAAUGAAAGGGAUGAUGAUGGAGACAGAGAAUCUGGUAGUCUAUGAGUCCAUUCCCUCACCCGGCCCUCCCUACAUAUGCUACGUCACUUUACCAGGUGGCAGCUGCUUCGGAAAUUUUAAGUACUGCUACAGUAAAGCAGAGGCCAGACGUGACGCAGCUCGUAUUGCUCUGAUGAACUCCACAUUUAACGAGUUGCCCUGCCGCCGUAUCACUCCCGAGUUCAUAUCACGCAGCGUGAAGGAAGCCGUCAGCACCACCAGCGGUAACAUUGCAGAUGCAUCUGACCCCGGCACCAGCAUAGGAGCAUACUGUCUCAUGCUGGAGCUGAACACUGGGAAAACCAUGCUGGAAUUUCAGGAAAUUAUGACUGUUUUUCAACUUCUGCACUGGAAUGGCACUCUGAAGGCUUUUCGGGAGAUGAGAUGUAGCCGCCACGAGGUGAUCCUCUACUACUCCCAGCAGCAUCUGGACGAGUGUACGCGCAGCCACAUGGCUCUGGACUGGUUACAGAAGGAGCAGCAAUCCCCCGGCCUGCUCUCCCAAGAGCUGCAGCUGGCCGUGAAGGAGCUGGGGGAGGCCCGGGGAACCGGCAGGGAGCUCCGUUUCUAUAAGGAGAAGAAAGAAAUCCUGAGCUUAGCUCUCAGUCACGCUAAUGCUGAGGAUCUGGAGGGCUACCACAGUGAGGAGAUGUCCUGGAGAGAAGAGACUGAGUUUGAGUACUACGCUCAGGAGGGACACUGUCUGGAGGGGAGUAUGACGGAUCCUUCAGAGAAAUGUCAGUUUCACUCUCAGGAGAGUGAUGGAGAAUCAAUGGAGUGAGCUCUGUGAGAUGAAAUGUAUAUACUGUACAUACUGUUCUUUUUUAAU